AUGGUGAACACAGGCAUGCAGCUCAUCAGCUUCACCUGUGCGGUGACCGGCUGGAUCAUGGCGAUCGCAGUCACAGCCUUGCCUCAGUGGAAGGUCUCGGCCUUCAUCGGCAGCAACAUCCUGACCUCGGAGAUCAAAUGGGAAGGCAUCUGGAUGAACUGCAUCUACCAGACCACUGGUCACAUGCAGUGUAAGACUUAUGACUCAAUGCUGGCCUUGCCUCCUGACAUCCAGGCAGCCCGCGCCCUCAUGUGUUUGGCCAUCUUCAUGGGCUGGCUCUCCUGCACCGUGUCCUGCUGCGGCAUGAAGUGCACCACCUGCGCCGGGGAUGACCGUCGGGCCAAGGCGGGUAUCGCGCUCUCUGGCGGGGUUCUCUUUAUUCUGACGGGCCUGUGCGUGCUCAUUCCUGUUUCCUGGACUGCCAACACCGUCAUCCAGGAUUUCUACAACCCCAAUGUGCCCCUGAUGCACAAGCGAGAGCUGGGUCAGGCUAUCUAUCUGGGCUGGGCAUCUGCAGUUAUCCUUAUGAUCAGUGGAGCUGUGCUGAGCAGCACCUGCCCCCUCAUGGAGAGGGAUGGCAGGUACCGCAGGGGCUACAUAGGACGCAGCUUUGCUAAUUCACCUGCUUCAGCACCAGAUCCCCCAAAACCUAUCACAUCGAACAGUGUACCAAUGAAGGAGUAUGUAUAG